GCCAAGAAAUCUCUUCCCCAGACUGUGCGGAACUCUAUCGAAAUGAGCGCCAAUGCUGACCUCCAGCUUCACACCCUUCUUUUGUUACUUGCUGACGGGCCAAAGAUCGAUCAGGAAGGCAUGGGAGAGUUUAUUGUGGUACAUAUGUACGGGGACAUCCCGGAUUAUGGCGGAGCCCGGCAAAGGCUUGACAGGAGGCGGGGGGUUUUGACUGCAACAGGUCACACGAAGCAACCUGAACUGGAAAAAAAAAGGGUUCCAGAUAUUCAAGAAGCCGCGACUACCCUCUAUAUAUACUGUAGCCUGACCAAACGCAAUUGUCUCAAGGUCGCAAGCAGCAAUGUGCAAUCGAAACUGACCAAUCCCGUGUAGUUUUGUACGCUUUCCCCUCACCCAUGUUGGAACUGGCUUGCCGGGCUUGUCCUCCUUAUGAAGCCUGUCUUGUCAUUUCUCUGGUGGUCUCAUCCUGAGGUAGUAUCAAGCAAUAACAUGGGGGUAUUAAUUGAGGGGGAAACGGGGAAGAUCCUGAUCAUCCAGAGAAACAUACCGUGAUUAUGAUGAUUAUGAUGAAGAAGGCAAAGAAGCACAUGAAGUCCAUGG